AUGUAAAUUUGAAGGCAAACUUAAAAGAGUUGAGAGAAACCAAAAGGAAAAACCCCAAAAUUUUCUCUCCAUUUUAAACUCCCACAAAACCGAAAAGCAAAGAAGAAUUAGAAUUAUUCGAACCUCCCCCCAAAAUGAACAAAUUGAGCAACUCAGUGAUUGGGUUACUGAAUUUGUUAACUCUAUUAGGGUCAAUCCCAAUCAUCGGCGGAGCCCUAUGGAUGGCUCGGAACAGCACCACUUGCGAGGCCUUUCUGCAGCGGCCGCUGCUUGUGGUUGGCUUUUUGGUUCUCUUGAUUUCACUGGCUGGGUUCGUUGGGGCCUGUUUCGAUGUAGCUUGGGCUCUAUGGCUCUAUUUGUUCGUCAUGUUGCUGCUCAUUGCUACUCUUUUGGGUCUCACCGUUUUUGGGAUCGUCGUGGCUAGCGGUGGCCGUAGCGGCGAGCAUGGAGUCGGAGAUUAUUCGGUGUGGUUGAGGAAUAGAGUUAAUAAUCCUCAGUAUUGGGUUACUAUUAGAAGCUGCAUUUUGGGGUCUAAUACUUGUAAUCAGGUUUCUAAUUCAUGGUCUCCUCUUAAUUAUUUGCACAGAGAUAUCACUCCCAUUCAGUCGGGGUGCUGCAAGCCACCAGAUUCAUGCAACGAGAAUGGCCAAGACCCUGAUUGCUACCGGUGGAACGGGGCACCCAACAUGUUAUGCUACGAUUGUGAUUCUUGCAAAGCAGCUGUGCUUGAGACUGUAAGAAAGGAUUGGCACAAGCUCUCUGUUCUCAACGUUGUCAUGCUCAUUUUUCUCAUUGCCAUUUACUCAAUCGGAUGUUGUGCAUUCCGAAACACCAAACGAGCUCGAGCCGAUUAUGCCUAUGGUGAGAAUCGAAUGACCAAAAUUCAGCCUAGAUGGGACUACAAGAUGAGGAGAUGGUUGGAGGACAGGAAGGAGUUUUACUAACACUAUAGGAAUCCCAUCUUCCUUCUAUUCUAUCGAUCUUUGCUCUUUUCUUUAGUAACUUAAAGUUAAGAAAAUUAAGUUGUUUUUUUUUCGAUUCUAGCGAAAGGUAAUAGGUAUUUUCAAGGCUUUCUUUUUAUGCACAGUAAUCUUAGGCCACUUUAAUGUCCAUGAUGAAAGUCUCUACUUUUUAUCCUAAUGUAUUACCAUUGCUUUC